AUGGUUUCACUCGGUACCUCCCUCGUCGCCGCCGCGGUGGCCGUCGCCUCGUUCGCAAGCCCGAGUAGCAGCCGGGUCCUUGACCCCAACAAGCUGGUCGUCGGAGAGUUCUUUAAGCCUUCCGGCCACAUCGUCUCGGGCUUUUUCAACACCACAGCACCUUUCCGUCGCUCGCCCUGCCCCGCACUCAAUGCGCUGGCUAACCACGGUCACCUGUCGCGGGACGGCCAGGGCAUCACCAAGGACCAGAUUGGAUCUGCCCUCAAGUCGGUCUUGAACCAAGGCGAUGACGCCGUGGUUGCACUACUGGCAAGCCUGCCCGAAACCAUCGCGCUCAGUGAUCUGUCCCAGCACAACGUUUGGGACCACGACGCAUCACUCGUUCACACCGACGCGCACUUCGGCCACGACCCAGCUGAGGUCAACAUCACGCUGGCUAACGACCUCCUCAACCGUGGCAAGGCCAGCAACAAACUGGGCGUCAAUGAGGUCGGAAAUGCUUACAAGGAUCGGCGUCAAGCGGGCAAGCCCUACGAGCCAAAAUACUCCCUCUCUGAUGCACAGAAGACGCAGUCCUACAGUCAGGGGGCGGGUCUCCUGCUAGUCUUCGGCGCGAAGAACGGAGAGAGUGUUUCGUUGGACGUCGCUCGCUCCUUUCUCGUCGAAGAGAGGAUCCCGGACGGAUGGAAGCCCGCUGCUACUCCUAUCACCGUUGCCGACUCUCGUGCCACCUCUGCUAAGCUCCGUGAGGUCGCCGAGGCGGUGUAG